AUGAUCCUGACGGGUCGCACUUUGUGCCUUCCUUCUCCAGCUACCGUCCAGGAGCUUUUCUCUGCAGCUCGAGAUGCCAGCAUCAUCCCUGAUAUCUCUUUGGAUCCUGUCCUCACCACCUUCCUGUCGCUUGACUCCUCUGCGGCACUGCAGCAUCAGUACGUCUUCUUACAGCGGAGCAUGAGCAGGGAGCAGCAGGCGGCGUUCAGCCUCAACCUGACUUCAGAGCUUGGGGGCAGCAGGGUCACCUAUGGAGGAGUCGGGGUUGUUGCUCUGGCUCUGUCUAUGCUUUUUGACCAGGUUGCCCAACAAAUCAGAGCACAAGACUCAACAGAGGGCCAUCUACCAAUUCGGACAUCCCAGCCUAAAAGCAUUUUUGGCAUCAGCACUUCUUCCAGAAUUGGCUGGAUCAUCCACAACUACCUCUGCCUUAUCCCGGGCGUCGCCAACAGCCCGGAGAAGAUGGCCGAGACUACGGAGCUCUACGACAACUGGCUGAAACUGGAACUGCUUGACCAUUACGAGAGGAUGACCACCAAGAAGAGAAUGAGUUCAGAGUCCAUGCAGCAGUGGCUGACUGGAGCGGCAUUUCACCUGCACCUGAGAAUCCACCAGGUUCGUCUGCACUCUGUGCCGUCAGGAUCGGCUGAGUCGCUGCGUUUGUCCUAUAAGUCAGGGUUAGGUCGCCUUGUUCAGGGCUACACCGCUUAUCUGCGCAAAAACAUCCAGGAGACUGAAGCUCCAGGACCACAAAAACCCAGAACCAGAGCAACCAAAGGGCCAAGACAAACUAACACGUCUAGUAUAACCAAUAUGACCUGCUCCAUUAUCUCUGUUGAUAGGUUUAAUGGCUCGGCUUCACCCAACUCUAGUGCUGGACUCAGUGGAAGCUGUAAAACCAAUGGAUCCAGUGAGAACUUUGGAAUCAAUGCGGUGAAAGGAAGCAAUGACACCACGGGAGAUAUGAUAAAUAAAAAUACAGUGAACACGUCUGGUGGAUAUAACAGGGAGGAAGAAGCCAGCAUGUUCGGCCUGUUAGUCAUUGAGCCUUGGAGGAACGUGAGUCACAACGUCCGGCAUCACCCCUGUGAGUCUCCGGCCAUCCAGCAAGCUUUGGUGACUCGAAUUAUAAAUGCUCAAGACCUGGAGCGGAACAGAGACUUUUUUCUUUACCCUGAGGGAGUGUUUUACAGCCUGCUUAGACAGAACAAUGACUUUGAACUGAAGAAAAAUUAGACUGAUGAACAAUCCAAAGAAAUAAACAAAGCACUGUGAUAUCUUUAAACAACUACCAACUUUUUACUUAUUUU